AUGACCGCCGCAACACCGGCCUGGAAAGGUUACUUGGUUAACUCUGAUUGUCGAUGGCAGAGAUAUGGGGACUUGCUGGAUGAUCGGUCGCCCGAUGAGAAGGACUGCAUUCCUCCGCGAUGGACCUGGAAACAAAGUUAUAUUUCUGCAGAGCAACCAUCUGGUUUAAAAAGCCACGAAAUGUUACAUCCAAUUGAUAAUGACGUCCGGGGAUAUCUUACUGACGGCGGGAUGGAUGCUUUUUUAGCAGAUCAUUUCAUGUCGAUUCUCACAAGGGAUCCUCUUUUGCUCACCGAAGCGGACUUGAAAAAUCUGGACCCCCCUGAAACGCAGCUUUUUGAAUCUCUAUAUGGUUGCGUUUGGCACCCCGUGAGAUUCAAGCCACCAACUAGUGAUCGCGGCCCAGGUUGGCGAGUCGAGUUUCGACCAAUGGAAACCCAGCUAACAGAUUUCGAAAAUGCUGCUUUCGCGAUUUUUGCAUAUCUUGUUUCUCGGGCUAUCACCGUUCUUCGCCUGAACUUUUACAUCCCGGUUGAAAAGCUAGGCGAGGCAUGGGCUUCAUGUCAAGAGCGUGGAGCAGCCAUUGAUGGGCGCUUCUGGUUUCGAAAAACAGGAUGGCUUUCUAGUUCGAACCAAAUUAAUCCUGACAUCAUUCGCAUCCUUUCGCAGCACGGCUAUCAUUACAGUGGCAAAGAGAAAUACGCUCAAAUGACUGUCAAUGAGAUAGUUAAUGGAGAAGGUACUAUCGAUGGCUUUCCAGGCUUGCUAUGGAUGGUCCGUUGCUACUUCGAGUAUGUCGGAGUCCCCGCGAGAGAACAGGGACAGAUUGCUCAGUAUCUGAAUCUCAUUCGAGAUCGAGCGAGUGGCACAAAUCCAACCCCUGCGACUUGGAUGAGAGAAUUUAUCGGUAGCCACAAAGACUACGGGGAGGAUAGCUGCGUCAGUGAGACUGUAUGCUAUGAUAUGAUGAGGGCUAUAAUCCAGUUGAAUGAAAAAAUGACAGAAUAG